UUGUAGCUGAUGAGCUUCCUCUUUCCAAUCAUCACUGGCUUCUUGUAUACAAGCUAUAACCACCAUUAGCAUUACCAGGACCUGGAGAAAAUGGAGGUGACAGCGCUGAGUGUUGGCAAGUCCGUGCUGAAUGGAGCGCUUGGCUACGCCAAAUCCACCAUCGCGGAGGAGGUAGCUUUGCAGCUUGGUGUUCAGCGUGAUCAGGUUUUCAUCAGGGACGAGCUUGAGAUGAUGCAGUCUUUCCUGAUGGCUACACAUGAGGAGAAAGAUGAGCACAUGGUGAUUACGACCUGGGUGAAGCAAGUCCGUGAUGUGGCCUACGACGUCGAGGACUGUCUCCAAGAUUUUGCUGUGCGUCUGGAGAAACAAUCCUGGUGGCGCAUCCCUCGUACGUUGCUGGACCGCCAUCGCGUGGCCAAGCAGAUGAAGGAUCUUAGAGCCAAGGUCGAGGACGUCAGCCAAAGGAACUUGCGCUAUGGCAUCAUCAAGAGCUCCAAGGUGAAGACAGCUGCAGACAAGUUCAGCAUGGCUGGUACAGCCACAAUGUUUGGCAUCGAGGAAGCAAGGAGAGAACAGGAUAAAGCAAAGGUGGAUCUCGUUCAACUCAUCAGCAGGAAGAACGAGGACCUUAGAGUGAUUGCAGUCUGGGGAACAAGUGACGUGCUAAGGGAGACGUCCAUCGUCAAAAGGGCGUUCGACGAUCCCAAGAUGUGUAACAAGUUUCAAUGCCGCGCAUGGGUUAAGUUGAUGCAUCCUUUCGAUCCAAUAGAGUUCCUGCAAGGCAUUAUAAGGCAAUUCUAUAUAUAUUCUCUUCGGGGCGCUGGGGAAAUACGAGUAACCAUGGGGGCAGAAGUUCUCCAGAAGAUGAGGAAGAUGAAGGCAGAUGAUUUGGCUCAGGAGUUCAAGGGACAUUUGAAUGACAAGAGUUACCUGAUUGUGCUAACUGAUUUAUCCACCAUUGAGGAGUGGAAUCAGAUUGUAGCAUGCUUCCCUAAUAACAGGGAAGGGAGCCGAAUCAUAGUGUGCACAGAGCAUGUUGAGGUCGCAAGCUUAUUGUGUUUUGGGAAAGAAGGCGGGGUACCAGAGCACAUGCAGCUGUCUGUUGACCACUCUCUCUAUGCUUUCUGCGAGAAGGGUUCUGAAUAUGGAAUCAAUUUAACAGAGCCAGGGUCUAGCUCAAAUGCAGCUGCUACCAGCAUUAACAACUCUGUAGACAGAAAGAAUCUCACUCGUAUUGAGUCGAUGGUAGCAUCUUUUAAAGAAUCUCAGCUCAUAGGGCGAGAGAAUGAAAAGGCUGAUAUUAUCAAACUAAUUUCAAAUGAAGACAGCCAGAAACUUGAGGUGAUCUCUGUAUAUGGAAUGGGUGGUCUUGGUAAAACCACACUAGCCAAAGAUGUUUACCAAAGUCAAGAGCUCAGUGGUAUGUUUCAAAAGCGUGCUUGCCUGACAAUCACACGUCCUUUCGAUCCAGAGGAGAUCCUAAGGAGCUUAGCAAUGCAGCUGGAUGCAGAAAAUCUCGGAAAUACUUGGACUGGACAGUCUCUUGCUGGCCUUUUUGAAGGAAACAAAUACUUGAUUGUUCUUGAUGAUCUAUCAUCCACCCAUGAAUGGGACACUAUAAUGCAACAUUUCCCUACCACAGAAACAGCAAGCCGGAUCAUAGUCACUACAAGGGUAGAGAAAAUUGCUAAGCAUUGUUCGAAGAAUCUCGAAAACUUAUACAAGCUCAAAGCUCUAGGAUACAAGGGCUCAUGUGACCUGUUCACAGAAAAGGUAUUUGGGAAGAUUACAGAUUUGGAUGAUCAGUAUCCUGAAUUAGUUGAAGAAGCAAAACUAAUACUAAGGAAGUGCAAUGGACUUCCCCUUGCAAUAGUUACCAUUGGUGGCUUCUUGGCAAAGCAACCAAAAAGUCCCAUGGAGUGGAGAAAAUUGAAUGAACACAUUAGUGCUGAGUUGGAGAUGAAUCCAGAGAUUGGUAUGAUUAGAACUGUGCUCCUCAAAAGCUAUGAUGGUCUACCUUAUCACCUAAAAUCUUGUUUUCUGUAUCUGUCCAUCUUUCCUGAAGACCAUAGUAUAAGCAGGAAACGUUUGGUGCGCCGGUGGACUGCCGAGGGUUACUCUAGCGAAGUGCGUGGAAAGUCUGCUGAGGAAAUAGCUGACAGCUACUUCAUGGAACUCAUAGACAGGAGCAUGAUCCUGCCAUUCAAAGCAUCAUUUGGUAGUACAAAAGGAAUUGACUCUUGCCAAGUCCAUGAUCUAAUCCGUGAAAUCAGCAUCUCAAAAUCAAUGGAGGAAAAUUUAGUGUUUAGACUGGAGGACUGCUCUGUCAUAAAUACCCAGGGCACGAUGCGCCACCUUGUUAUAAGCAGCAACUGGGAGGGAGAUCAGAGUGAAUUUGAGAACACAGUGGAUUUGUCCCGUGUACGAUCAUUGACAGUGUUUGGGAAGUGGAGAUCAUUUUUCAUUUCAGAUAAGAUGAGGUCGUUGCGGGUGCUAGAUUUGGAAGGCUCAUCAGGUCUAGCUGAUCAUCAUCUUGGACAAAUUGGGAAGUUUCUUCACCUAAAAUACCUUUCUCUCAGAGGAUCUAAUGAUGUUUCUUAUCUACCUGACUCAUUCGGUGACCUUAGGCAACUUGAGACACUAGACAUCAGAGACACAAAUAUUAUGAUGCUGCCAAAAACCAUCACCAAGCUCCGGAAGCUACGACACCUUCAUGCUGGCAGAAAAUUAACAUAUGUGCAUGAGCCAGAGUAUAUUGAGAAGUGUCUAAACCUUCAUGCUUGCUGUGCUGCACUCCCCAGCUUCAUGUUGGGCCUAAACGGAGCUAGUGUGAUCCCAAGAGGAACCAGGAAACUAAAAGCCCUACAAACAUUGCGAGUUGUGCACCUUGCAUGGGGAAAUGCUGUUCUACAGGAGAUAAAAAAGCUCACCCAGUUGCGCAAGUUAGGCGUAGUUGGCAUCAACAAGGAAAAUGGUCCAGAGUUUUGUACAACCAUUUCCAACCUCAAAAGGCUAGAGUCACUGUCGGUGCAGUCAGAUGGGGAGCAAGGCUUGCAUGAAUGUUUGGAUGGCAUACACUUUCCUCCCAAAAACCUCCAAAGCCUUAAACUAAAUGGUGUCCUGGUCAAAUUACCGAAAUGGAUUGGGAGCCUUCAUAACCUUGUGAAGUUGAAGCUACGCGGCACCAAGCUAUUGGAUCUCAAUGCUGCUAUACAGGUCCUCGGGAAUCUGCCAAACCUGGCCAUCCUACGUCUGUGGUGGAAUUCAUUUCAGGGUGGAGAACUGCAUUUCCAGAGUGGGGCUUUCAGAAACCUCAUGGUGCUCGAGUUCUGGGAAUUGUGGGGCACUGAGCUGGUGAACUUUGAUGAUGGAGCAACCCCCAAACUGGAGCUUCUGCGCAUCAGGUAUUACAGCGGGAUAAGUGUAACUGAUUUUUUCGGGCUAGAAUUUCUGCCAAGCAUUAAGGAAGUACGGCUCAAUAUUUACUUCAUACCGAAUAUGAGGAACCCAUACAUGGAUGCAAUUUUGAUUGGAGUAGAUCACGAAGCAAAAUUCAAGGAGGACUUGCGGGUCCAGCUUGCUAGGAAUCCAAACCAACCUAUUUUGAAGUUUGAAUAAGCUUGGAAGUUGGGACUACAUUUGCAACCCUAUCAGGGUUCUUUUGGGACAUAAAAAAUGGAUGAAGAGGCUGUACAGGAAUUUGCGAUAUCGCUGCACAUGAUGCAUGUCAUUGGAACGUUCCUAGAAGAUAUACAAUGUGUGGAUAAUAAAUUAGCUCGAAGACUGGAAGAGUAUGUUAACCCUCUCCUUUUCCCCAUGACUCGAAUGAAGCACCCUAAUGUACAGAAGUUUUUGUGUAAUCUACCAGUUGAUGGGUACUUCUGAAGGUGGUUGCAUGACAAUGAAUGAUAGAGGUGGGGUUUCCCAAAUCAGCAUCUGGAUUCUUGCCAAAUGUAAGGAUUUGGUUUCGACAAACUAGUCUUCUGGUAGUGGGGUUUGUGUGAAGAUUUAAGACGCUGCAAUAGGCCAAUACCACUUCAAGUGGAAUUCUUUUUGUGGCAAUUUCGAAGGACUGAAUCCCGCUAAACAUUUACCCAAGAACUAUACAACCGAUUGAAUUGUGUUUGGAUGCAGAAACUGCUCAUCAUAUUUUACGUGCUGAUGUAUCCUGGCUUGGUCUUUUGCUGAUGUCAGAUGCCCCCUGCCCUGUCUUCUCGAGAUCCCAAAUAUUACAUCAUCUAGAUCCUACGAUAAUAUCAACUAAAUAAUCAGACGGCAACUUCUUAA